UCAGAAUGAUGGCUAUGAAUCUGACAUGGCACUGGCAAUGAAUCGUUACAUUGGUAAUUCCAUCUUGCCACUCCUCAUCAAACACUCCUCGUUCUACAAUGAAGCUGAUGAUUAUGCCAAUUUGCUGGAUGCCACUCUGCAUACAGUGUACAGACUGUCCAAAAACAGAAUGCUUACCAAGGGCCAGAGAGAAGCCGUGUCAGACUUCCUUGUGGCUCUUACCAGCCAAAUGCAACCAAGCAUGUUACUAAAGUUACUGAGGAAGCUUACCAUUGACGUUUCCAAGCUGUCAGAGUACACCACUGUAGCCCUCAGAUUGCUGAUGCUGCAUUAUGACCGAUGUGCCAAGUAUUACGGUUCUACUUCAGGGCAAGGGAUGUACGGCGCAUCCAGUGAUGAAGAGAAGAGGUUGACCAUGAUGCUGUUCAGCAACAUCUUUGAUUCUCUGUCCAAAAUGGUAAUUUAUAGUUUCAAAAUUUAUCAUCUGUCCAUCAUACUGUUCAGUGGAUUCCAGUAGGAUGUGUGUGUCACCCUACAGAGGCCUUUACUUGGAGCCACUUUAUAAAAGUUAUUUUAUUCACAGUCUUGUGCGUUAUUCCUUCAUGUUUUAUGGCUGUUUUUUGUUUUGUAGUUAUCAACCCUAUACACUGAGAAGUUGUAUCAGGCAUUCAAAAUCUUGUCAGUGGUAUGUGAAUGUAAGCCACAAAGAAUAUUAAAAGAUGCCAGAACAAAUAAUAAUCCACUCAUGUGUU